AUGGGUAAUCGGUUCAGCAGACAGAAUGAGGGAGUCGAGGAUCUCGACUUUAGUUCAAAUCCCUACCGAUAUCCUCCUCCUUCAGGUAAGAGAACGCCAUUUUCUCGCAUGAUAUGGGAACGCCAUUUUUGGAUGAUUUGUAUAAAGCGUUUAUUGACAUUAGAAAAUGAUCCUAACCACAACAUUUUAUAUACAGGAAAGAACUACUUUGCUGAUUAUUUUCUUAUGGGUGGAUCUAAGUUCGACAGCCCACAACCUGAAGCAUACCUUUUCGGAGAAAACAAUGAUUUGAACCUUUUAAACCCGAAACCAGUUUCGGUAAGAGCUUGUAAUUGUUGUUAAGGGUAUUAUAGUUGGCAAAAGUUUACUACCUUAUGCUGAUACAAAAUUUACAUUAAGUUCUUUUAAACACAAUCCCUGUACUUCAGAGACUCUUACCUAAUAUCUACUGAACUUAAUGAAUCAUAAAGUUUCAAAUACGUAAUGUGAGUAGUAACGUGCAUGAUUAAAGUCUGGGAAGCGUCUUAAGCUUACAUAUUUUUUGAGUUGAUCAUUAUUUGAGCUUAACUUUUAUCAGAAUCUUCAUGCAUUCAGAAUGAUCUGGUUAUAAAAUCAGUCUCAGGUAUAAAGAGUGAAACUAUAAUUUCCUCGUUGUUAUUGUUUGUUAUGGAAUACAAAGUGUUUGCAUUCUUACUUUGUUUAUUCUACAUGUCACGCAAAUGAUGAUGAUGGUCAUAAAGAAAUUAUGAUCAUAUGAAUUUCAUAUAUUAUGAUGAUCAUAAUGUUGUUGUUAGUUCUUUUGCUUUCUGUAGUUUUAUAAGUGAUGGAGGUAUUUUAGCAUAAUAGGAAACCAUGGUUAUGACUUCAUAAUUAUUAGACUGUUUCUAGAUUAUUCAGUAACACUCUGCAGAAGUUUCUGUUUAUAGCUCCAACUCUAUUGCAGGUGUAGGCCUUACUUUGUACUGGCCAUUACAUAUAUUAACAUUAUGCAUAUUAGUCAUUUUAGAAGGUCAUGUAAAUUUGCGAUUUAAAGUCAUGUUUCCUAACAGUCAUCUUGCCCAAAGUUUAAAACAUGUAUAUUGCCCGAAACCAGGGUCAAGUUGCCCAAAUGAUGAGUUACAUUGUCCAAAAUUUUAUUGUGCUCUAUGAUAUCCUUUUACAUAUUUUAUCACGCUUGUCUUGUCUCAUGGAGGCUUAGCGACAUAGAUCUAUAUAUUACUCAUUUCUGGCACUUUUUUCACCUUAUCGAGGUUAAAGAACAAGAUUAAUUUUACCUGGUUAUACAUUUAUGCCGCUUGUUUCAUUUCAUCAUGGCUUAAAGAGCGAGAUACAUUACACUCAAUGGUUUAUUCUACUUUAUUUUGCUACACUUUAUUUUAAACUAUACACCUGAAAAAUUUUCAGCUGAUAUAACUCUGGUUUUGGGCAACAUAAUUUUAGGUGACUUCACUAGUUACCAAUAAUUAUUGAGCAUAAGAUAAUAUGCGAAUUAAUUAUGGUGGGUCCUUCCUCUUUUGCAGUUUCCAUAUCCACAGCCUCCUGGUAAUGAGCCAACAAAGACCCUAAGAAGUCUUGUGAACUUAAGAAAAGAUUCACUUAAACUGGUUAAGUAAGUACCCCAAAGAUCAAGUGCAUGUUAGUGAUAGUCAUGCAAGUCCUUCUGUGGUUGUCAAAAACAGGUUACCUUCUAACUGAGUUGACUUGGAGAAUGAUGUUGCCCUGAAUAUUGAAAAAAAUUCAAAACCAGGUUUCCAAUCCAAUGCUUACCUUGCUAAGUCCACAGUACUUUGAUGAAACAUUAGUGCCUUGUAAUGUCGACUUUUGAAUUCUUGGACAAUUGUAGGGCUUCAUGAAAGAAAAAAGGAUCCUAGGGUUUGUUGAUACAUGUACAUGUACCUGCUAGGUUUCCUUUCUUAUUCCUUUAGUUCUAUUGUAAGGCAAGGGAAUUUUAAAUUUAUCUUCUAAGACAAGAUCAAGAGUCAGUCACCACCUUUUUUCGCCUGAUCCUUUGCAUCAGGUACAUUGAACUCAAGAGGUGUACUUCAUUUUGAAAAGUUUGCAUGUGUUAAUUUACCAUAGGGAACAGAUAAAUUGAUGUAAAUAAUAUUGUUUUAGAGUUUGAAAACAAAAUAAGUCUUGCAUCAAUAUCGUUAAGUGGCCUGCGAUGUAUUUAAAGUUUAUUUGCUGUUAUUAAGGUUUCACAUUCUCCUUUCCUUGCAUGGGAGACUGAUAAUAGAGUCUUUUUUUAUCUUCUCUUUACAGAAACAUAGAUGAAGAGAGCUAUUCUGUAGAAUUUGUUUUUGAUGCAGAUGUUAGUUGCUCUGUAACAGUUCAUUACAGGGCAACAGAAGACUUUUCCACUGGUCUAGCAAUGUAAGUUUUGUUACUACAGUAGGGAAUCAGGGUUGUCAUUAAGAGCCGGGGGCCUGGGAUUUUCCCCGGUUACUAAGAGAGUGGCCCCCGGCUACUUUUUUUGGAAAAUCGAACAAAAAUAGAACCAAAAGAAAUCCCUAGCCGUUUGAUUCCCCGCCUACUUGUUGUAUUUACCCGGCAACUUGAAAUCUUAGUGACAACCCUAGGGAAUGGGCUGUAAUUUGAAAGAGAAGAUUUUAGCAACUCAUUAUAAAUGUAUAGUUACAAACACUUUUACCUAAGCAGUUGUAUAUCUAAAACUAAUGACAGAAGUAAGGUUCGACACACAGAAAAUCAAAUUUGGUUUAUUUCUCUUUUGCAAAACUAGACUUUUAAACAUCCAAGCAAUAGUAGCAAUUGAUAAUGCAGUCAAACCUCUGGUAAGGGACUACAAAAUAUGAAGACUUACAUGUACAGCUGCAGUAAAAAAUUCAGGUUAAAAUUUUUUAACCUCGGUUGAUUCUCCAUUUCCCUUGUCUCCUAGCUCUGAUUCGUGAAUAAUUAGGGCUAGGAGACAAAAGAAAUUGAGAAUCAACCUAGGUUAAAAAUAUUUAACCUACGUACAGUUGUAAGUACCAGACAGAACUGAAAGCGAACACAGAGAUCAGGCCUUUCGUCAGGUGGUCCCUUACAAGUUUUUGAGAACACUGGAAAAUAAUUAAAUCAUCAGCCCUGAAAAGUGGUUGCGGCACUUACACGAGGUGGUUGCUUACAAAAGGGUUCCAACUGCAAGGCUUUGUUUGGGAAAAGUUUAGUGUUUUGAAUAGGUGGUCGCUAACCGGAGACAUUUGCACUUGGAACUUUGAUUGUAUUACAAAUCUGUUUUCCUUUUUAGAUACACCUCUCAAGAACCCUUCACAUCUUCAGCCAAGACACAUUUUUCAAAAGGGUCAGGACAAGUUUAUAGCAGUUCAUCUAAACACAGAAUUGGACCCAGUUUAUUUUCUGAAGAGGAGGUAAGGAUGAAGUUUGAUUUGGAGCUAUUGCUGCAUUUUUUUAUGUCCAGUGCAUGGUAUAUAAUUUGCCAAAUAUCUUGUUUGUUCUUUGCAUAAAGUAAUUAGCAGUUCAUUAGUGACUACUUGCCAUGCAAAAUCCUUUGCUCAUUACAAACACUUAUAGCUUGACAGUCUUGGGUGUCAGUGAUUCCGUAUUAGAAAGUACAUAUGUAAAUUUUGAUUGGUUCUCCAAAAACCCAAGCCUUGGAACAGAGUUAUACUCCUCAGGGUUGCCUGUAUGUUUCUGUUGUAAAAACAAAGUUCUUGUACAGAGUACGAGAACAACAAACGCUUUUAACUACAUGUAUAUGCUGUAAGUUUUUCAUAGUGAGUAAGGAUGAUUGUUUCAUUUUUUUGCAUUUUCAGUUGAAUUAUUGUCCCCUAAGCAAUGCCUUUAUCCCUGUUGUGAUCCAGAUUGAUGUGGAUGAAGAAGGUAGGUCACUUAGGAGCCAUAAUGCGAAUCGAUAACCUAAUCAUAAAAAAUCCUUUCUCAAAAUUCUUAUAUUGUAAGUGAUAGACAAACUAUUUUUGUGUCAGAUGACUAUUCUAGCUGUACCAAUAUCAGCCAUGUUUUAAAACAGAAAACUGGCUUGCCUUGCCUUGGGAUUCCAAGUUGUUCUGUUCAUUGAAAUUAUUUGUUUCUGUCCUUAUUUGUGAGCCGUGAUAACAACUUGGUUAAUAGUUGGUACAAUGUACAUGGAAAGUGUAAAUUCUGUACAUGUAUGUAUGAUUUGUAUCCAUGAGCUUGUAUUUUAACAACUACAUCACUAAAUGUGCUUUUCUUGCUCAGUUGAAUUCUUUCUUCCCUCCCCCUCCCCCCACUUCUUUCCCUAUUUUUACACUGCUCUACUCUAACAAUGAUUUUCAAAGUGCUAUGUUUCAGUCAAAUAAUCCAUCCCAUUUCUACUCAACAGAAUACUUUGGGCAUUGUAACAUCACAAUGGCAACAUUUGAAAAAAUGUCUGAUGGAUCGUACAUAAUAAAACCCAUCAAACAGAAGCAAAUGGUAUGCUGCAAACUUCUUGUGAACUUUAACUCUACAGAGAAACUCCUGCUUACAUUGUAUGGCAAACAUGGUCUUUUGCAUAAGUUGCUUGGGUUUGAAAGAGCUGCAGAGCUCAGUGUAUUAGGCAGAUUUAACAACAGAACGGGAACAUCAAUUGACAACUGUGCACGCAAAUUAAACAACUGGCUUGACCAAUGGCAGAGCAGCAAAUUGGACACCGGAAGUAGUGUUUUGUCCUUUCUACACGCUUUCCCGUCGUCAACUGAUGUUCCCAUCCUGUUGCUAAAUCAGCCUAUUGCAGUAAAAGGAAGUAACAGUUCACUGUAUUUUACUUCUGGAGUUGUUUUGAUCACCUUUUGGUUUUCUCUUAUUUGAUGUGAUAAAAAGUGAACGUGAGUUACAAAAUGAUUUCUCACACCUUAGGUGCUUUGGAAAGGAGUGAAAAGGUUGAAUACAUGACUGUACCUUCAGGAAUACUGUGUUUACUUUGUAAUCAGCAGUCUGUGGAGGAACUGAUCAAGAAUAUUUUAAUUUUUAUUUGUUUUUUACUGUCGUACUUCAGGUUGAUGGACUGUGUUACCUUCUUCAAGAAAUCUAUGGAAUAGAAAAUAAAAUCAAUCAAAAAAGUGGAAAGGUUUGUACUUUUUAUACAUUUUGUAUUAUGAUGCUAUUAUGUUUCCACAUGGUCUGGAAAUUUGGAGAUAAACAAACGUCCUUGAAAAAUGGACUACAACUUUCAAUUUACAUGUGGAACAAGACACAUUUUGAUUCAUCUAUGAUCAUGUUCAAUUGCAAGUAAUACAGUAUGUGAUUUGUAUUAACAAUAUACAUCAUUAUGAUGAUGCAUGACACAAAAACUCGUGAUUACAAUUUAAACGUAACAUUAUUAAUGAGCUUUAGAUAACGAGCAUUAUGCAUGCAAGGGAAAGGUACAAAGAAACUAAAUAAAUACAAAUUUUAAAAUCUGUUUAAAUGUAUAUUACACAGCAGUAAAAAAAUAUCUACAUAUAUUCAUAAAAAAUAAUAAAAGUAAUAAGAAUAAAAAUAGCAAAAAUAAAGUUAAAACGAAAGAGCAAGCUCAGUAUGUUUGAGUUGCUUGUUCAGUGUUUGAUUCUCCCACAUGAUGUGCACAGCUUCUUUAAUUUUAGCAUAAUCUUAUUAUGCUUUCAACUGUGUUCUUCUAAUGAAGCUGGCUUGUGUUGCAAGCACAGUUAAUAGAACUGGUAAUUACAAGUGUUAUUGCAGGACUUUAUCUCUGUAGAAUCAAAGAUGUUAACAAUAAAAUUAACUCUGACUCCAAACAGGAUGAAGAAAAUGACCUUGAAGAGACUGGCUCAGAAUGUGUCAUCUGCAUGAGCGACAUGAGAGACACUCUUAUUUUGCCAUGUAGACAUCUAUGCCUUUGUAGAGACUGCGGUGGGUUGGAGAAUUUUUGUGUAUAACGAACUGUACUAGGCCUUUCAGUUUAACACGACUGAUGGAAAUGUCAUAGGACUUAGCUGAAGCUAACUCAAUAUAAGACACCAAGUUAACCAUGAUACUUGCUACCUUGUUAUUACUUGAAUUAAGUCCAUUAGCAGACUUCUCAGUUAUCGAACUAUUUAUCAAAAUAUUCUGGAGAGGUCACAUCCACUAUCACAACAGUUAAAUGAACCCUUAAGCUUCCAAAAUGGAAGAGAGAUUUGAUUGUCUUUUUCAUUUUUUUUUUCUACAGCUGAAUCCCUUAGGUACCAAGCAAGUAACUGCCCAAUAUGUAGAUCACGUAAGUACAAAAAUACGCUUAAGCCUCUACAUUGUGGCUCUUAAAAGAAGAUUCUCUUAAAGGAUGUAUUAAGAUGCAAGGGGUUUCACUAACAUUUACACUUAUUUAUGGUUGGUAGUUGAUGCUAGGCAGCCAGGUAUAUUGGAUGGGCCAAAUUCUCUUCCUAAGCAGGGGAUCUGGUCAGCAAUCUUGCCUGGAGAAAUUUGGAAUCCAAUUCAGGAAAUAAGUUUCUCUCAUGGAGACACAUUUUCCUGCAUUCUGGGGCAAAAUUGGGGGCUUUUCUGCAUUAUUCAACAUUAUUAAGAAAUACAUUUUCAACGUAUCAUUAUCAUUAUUUUAUAUGUUUUUUUAUUUUUUAUUUUUUUGAGAUCAUGGGGAAUUCUUCCUGCCCGAGUAAAGGUUAUUGAACAGUCUUCAUGCCAGUAGUUCUACCUGCUACCCUCUGUAUUCCAAUCACUCGUACUCUAGAUAAUGCUCACCAUUUGUGAGAUGAUGGAUACUGUAUAUGAAAAUCCAUUCGAGCUACAUGACGAAGAAGUAAAUUUAAAGAAGUUCAACGCAGUUCUAGAAGGUUUCUAUGGCAGUUGUGUAAAGAAAGCCUGAUAAAUUUCAGGCUACUACAGGUUUCGAACCAUUGACCUCUGGAAUAGCAUUUGAAGUACUCUUGCCAAUUGUGUUAAAAAGCAAGCUGGGAAGUUUGCUGGCUAGUUUAGUUAGUUCAUCGUGAACCCUUGAAAUUUGCAAAGUUGAAGUAAUGAAUAUGAUAUGAUAGUCAUACAUAAGAAAUGCAUGGUGAAGAAUUAAAUGUUAAGAUCAAAGCCGGACUAUAGAUGUUGCUGUCAGAGUUCCUGUCAUGUUAUAAACUUAACUACUUUAAACGCAUCAUUGCUCUUUGUUGUUGUCGUUUUUAAAUAUAAGUAUACGUCUUUUCUGUCUCCCUUAGCUUUCCAUGCUUUGCUUCAGAUCUGUGCUUACAGUAAACAAGACAGUAAGGAAGGCAGUGCUAAUUCUCAGGUAUGAUAUUAAGUUAAUCAUGCCCUUUCAAACACUAUUUUAUGAGGCGCGAUGCCAUGUUACGCUGCCACAAAUCCUGUGAAAGCUAAAUUCCCCAUGAAACCAAAUGAUUAAACCCUUUGGAAUUCAGGCCAAUCCUACUUUUACUGUACUGUGCUUGUGGGCUUUGUACUAUUGUCUUAUUUCUUGUUGCAGGGAAACACCCAUGGCGAAGACACGUGGCCUGGCUAUGAACAGAUUCCAUUAGUGGAAGCAUUGAAUGGAACCAUCAAACCAGAUAACAUACCUGAAGGUAUUAAGACAAACCCCCCAACAACUCACCUUUUGUGAAGACUAUUUGAAUCCCUAUUUGUUAGUUGUACCAUCGCGAUUAUGAUGCCCUUUGAUUUCGAUAAAGUUUUCAACAAUUAGCCAGUCAGCCGUUUCCCUUUUAAAUGGUAACUUCAAACUAACUUGUUUUGUUUCUCCGUUCCUUUUAUUUACAACUUUUCUGCCUCUCAUUCUUUUUUAUUGAAAGAACGUUUUAAUAAUUGCGUGUUAAGAAAUUCUCCUGCGCUAUCAACUAAUAUAUCUAAUUUUGUUGGCUUUUUGUAGAAGCCAUUGCCCGCAUGCGUCGAAGGUCUGCAUCGAGUAUCCGCUCUUCAGGAAGAAGAAGAGUUGAGAGUGCGCGCACUCAGCGGUAUGUUGAACGAUCCUUCUCUGCAUGCUCUGGAAUGUCCCGACCCAGAACGGCCCCUAACCGAUCUAGACUUGAGCGUGCGCAGUCCAGUCCUGGGAGUGCUCGGACAGUUGAACGCCGAGAGACCCCGGGAGGCCCUCGAGACCAGGCCUCCGGAAAUGUACAAGAACAGGAUCACAGAAUUGAACGAGCAUCUGAGGAGGACACAACAGACCGCACACCUCGCAGAGGUGCAAAUAUUGAGGAAUUAAAGAACGGGGAUGAAGUGGAAGAGCUUACAUUGGUAAAAGAUGGGGAACAAGGUACGUGUUAUAAAACUGCCGUUGUGGGCGCCGGCUCGUUUCUUAUUAGGGACGGUACUGACUUCAGUAACCUACGCGACAGACGCGUACCGCUGUAAGGAGUAAGGUGUACGAACAAGAGGACACGUAUACAGGCUGAUUUUACCUUCAGGGCGGAAAAACGUUCUGCGCAAGCUUCUGCGCAUCCCUUAUCGCAGGCUCAAGGCGGGCUUUUCUGUGUGUUGACUGUGUUUGUUUUUUGCUGGAGUUCUGAGUGAAAUGCACGAGGUGCGAACGUUUGCUCCCUGUAAAGCAUUUUUAUUUGACACGUUUGCUUUUUUUUUUCGUCGCUUGAAAAUUACUUUGGAUUCAGAACAACCAAUGUUAAAGGAAAAACGGAUCAUUCCGUCAGUCUGAGGUGGAAUAAAAGGUUUUGAACAUUUCUUAAGAGGCGAGUAUUUUUCUGAUUGUGCAUCCGAUUAAUUUAUGAGUUGAUUUCGCCGGGUUGAAUUAAAACCCGCUUGUAUUCUGUUAUUAGUAGUUACGGUUACUGUUUUUACAUGCCCAGAUUUAUUACCUUUGCAGAACCAGCUUAAUCUUUGUCUUCAGUCAAAGAAACAUAUUGCUGUUAUAACGCAUCAGAGUGAACAAACUUUUGCGCUUAUUAAACUUUCUCGGAAAUAGAAGGCCAGCAAGCUUACUCAAGAUCAUUUUUCUGUUGCUCAAGCAAUAAUAGUCAGAGUUUUUUUCAUUUUUCAUUACAUAGUUUUGUUUUCCAGUGCACUGUGAAAGUUUCUGUUCUUUAUAAAAAUAACUUUCUGUACGCAAAUUGUCCUUUUCACUCGCUGUGAAGUAGAGAACGACAACUACCGGCAGUGACUUCAAAACAAUUGACUCUUUUCCCGUAAACAAUUGCUGCAGCUUGAUUUGACUGGGGCGAGCAAAACAAACCCUUAUGUGCAAUUUUCUGUGUUUUCUAACGAUCGGCUGAGUUUAAUUUGCUUAAACGAAGACCCUCGCAUGGACCAGUUAAGCUUAUUGAAAAUAGGUAAAUGGUGAAUCAUGGCUUGGCUGCCAAGUUGCAACUGAUCUUUUGCUUUUAAGAUCUUUUGAUAGGUAGGUUGUUUUCGCACAGAAAAUUCAUCUCUUCAUUGUCAGCAAGAAGUUUUUGAAAUAAUGUAACUUUAACUUUGUUUGAAGGAAAUCCUUACGCGUAGGUUUUUGUCAGAUGUUAUGCGUGUUCAACUUGACACCACAAAGCAAAAUUUAUAUAUGUGCGCGAAACGAGCAAGUUUAAAAAACUAUAGUUGCUUUUGGGAAACCGAUUUUUGGGAAGAUUUUACUAGAUAAAGAUUGACCUUUUUUCUGCCCACAUAUCAACGCAAUAACUUCUACAUUGAGGAUUUUGUUUAUAUUUUAGUGAUCUGCGAAACUACGAGUGUCCGAUCGAGCGAGGGUUUUAAAAUAUCAGCUCGAGUGCGAAAAAGUUCAGUGACCUCAAACACAUUGUGGGCAAGCGUUAAUUUUUUUGGGCAAAUCACUGUCCAAAGAUAUGUUGUUUUUGUGUCCACAGUGGAGCUCCGGACCUUAUAUAUCCAGGAACUUCCUUAUAUGAACACAUUUUGUGAAUGCAUCUCGAAAAAAAUCGGACCUACGCAUGCACAGUCCAGUACAACGCAAGGAAAUUAAUGUCAUUAAAGUCCGUUUUGCUAUGAGGUAUUCUUCGAAAAAAUUAAGUAACGACAAGGUUAUAACCACAGCUUGCAACUUUUGAAGACAAAUUGCCUGUUCUUUCCAGAUUAUGAGUGGAAACAUUUUGUUUUUCGGCAAUAAAAUAUUUGAAAUCCCGCCAUUUUUUCAAACCCGGCCAGGGGAUCUGGGCAAAAAAGUUUACGCAUGCUCAUUACGUUUUUCCGCCCUGAAGAUUUUACCAGGCUGUUGAAUGUGUGUUGCGUUCAGUAAUAUAUGUGGAUAGGUUAAGAAUGUAGAUCCAACAGUGCGCAAAAGGGCAAUUUGAUCUUCGUUACCGAAUUCAUUUUACCAAACUACCUCCCUAUUUGCGUUUAUAAUUCAUACACCAACUGUAGUAGAAAGAGGUUAUGUUUGUCUUACUGGUAAAACUAAGCUUUAGGGUCGUGUAGCCGGCUUCUAAUUCCACGCCCAAAAUUGCAAAGCGCGCAAUGACGAAACUCCUGCUGUCCAAGUGCUCAAGCGUAUUGUUUCUUUCACAGUUUCAUCUCCAGUACUUUUACCUGAACAAGAGCAAGACGAAGAUCCUUCAGACCUUCAGGUGCAUGUGGAUGUCUCAUUACCCGGUACACCGCUAAGCAGUGAUGUCAGUGGGCGCAGCAGUCGCAGCGCCGUAAGUGUUACAGCAACCACGCCUACCUAUAUCCGGCUAGAAGAGGGAACAGGACAGACUACUGUAACCACAAUACCUACUUAAAUACAUCGAACAAGGACCUUUUUUUCGAAAGCCCCGACAGCUCUUCUCGCUCAUAGAGUUAGUAUGUUGGUCAACAAUAAUAGGCAAAAAUCUAUGAAACGGAGUUGUUCUAUAACUGGCGAUUCCGAAUUUUUUCUCCUGACCAAAAGGUUGUCAGGUCUUGGUGAAAUGGGGCUUCUGGUGUUGCCUUGCGAGGCUUAUAGAUAUACGUUAUUGACCAAGUGGAGGUCAAGAUGGGUAAAUAUUGACCACGUUCUUUUUUGCGUUUUUAUUGAUCGAGACGACGUUGGGGUCAAUAAAAAAAGCAAAAAGAACGAGGCCAAUAUUCACCCAUUUUGACCGAACAGGCUUGGUCAAUAACGGAUUUAUUAUAUGGCCGAAUAGAGAACAUUUUCUCUCGGGUCUAUCACGGAGAGGGCAAAAUGGGUCCAUCUUGCACGUUUGGGUAGCCAAUCAGAACUCAGGAGUGACUUCAUCUUGCCUGCUCGCGGAUUCAGCCAUAUAGUAAAAUGCUAUAUUUUUUAGUUGGCGUCAUAGUGCUGCUGGUAUAAUCUUCUCAUCAUGAAAAGCGAAUUUCCAUCUUGUAGACGUCUUGCGUUGUCUUAGGUUGUUUCCAUGGUGGAAUCUGAUGCGAGUACGUUGUUAGAACAUCUUCGUCCUUAGGGUCUGUCUUCCUUUCCUCUGGAACGAGAGAAGACUGAGAAUGAAGAAAAAUAUCCUAGGAGCGAGGUUGUGGUUGAAUGAGAAGUUUAAAGAUGGAGUACGGUUUACGUUUUUGUAGAGUGGUGAGAAGUUUAACAGAUGUUACCGGUAUGCAAGACGUAAUUAGUUAAAUGGUCGCACGUAGGGAUUUUGUCCGUAGAUAAUGUGUGAUCUUACAUUGACGGUCAAAGGCCGUCUAAUUAACCAACUAUAAUUUCUGCUUUACCGCCAGCCUGUUGUAUUGCAGUUGAUCAUGUAAUCUUUCGAUUGCACAAUCCCCUGGGUACUCUGCAGUUGGCACGCGGCUUAAACGGCGUAGGGAUAGGUCUUGCACCUCUAAUGCUCACUGUUCACAGUCCCCUAUUUUUCGGUGAGAUGGCCGAGACCGAGCACUUACCUUUAUGGGCAGCCAUCGUAGUUUCAAAUGUACCGAGUCUAGUCCGCCCGUAUGAGUAUCAAAUAUACUAAGCCGGUGAGGGGACGGUUUUGGAGGCGAGAGAAAUUCUCGCCUUGCUCUUCCCCACCGCUAUAAGCGCCGGCACCCGCUUCCUCGGUACAUUUGAAACCAAAAUGGCCGCCCGUAACGGCAAGUUCUCGAUCUUUACGAUCUUAGUAAAGAAAAAGGGUACUGUGAACAGUCCAGAAACUCGCCAGGGAGGAAGUAGAUGGGGGCUUCCUUUUUGGGCCGCAUUCCUCAGGUCAAAAGUUCGAGUCACUGUUUUAUCGUGUAUAAUCAGUUUUCCUCGCGACCUAUAGAAGAAACAUUUCAUGUACGCUGGAGUGAUUGGGUCUAGAAGAAAUUUUUGGUUCUGUAUUGUUUUGUCUCUUUGUUUAUUGGUUGGUUUUAGCCGUAGCUCGGUGACCUGUGGAAUGUGACUUAUAAACAAAUAUACCUCUGACACAUCCAAAGUCACAAAAGGGCGUGUUUCCCACGGUGCCCAUAAUUAUUAUUAAGUAUUGAACAAUUUCUUCCAUGGCAAAUAAAUGUAAUAAAAAUAAUAAUGAUAAUAAUAGGCCUCAAACUGCGCUCUUUUAUAUCCCCGCUGAAAAUGUAGGUAAAUUAGGAAUAUUAUCUCUAUUAGUGGUAUUUACAAUGAUAAUAUUUACAAUAAUCGUGCAGAAAAUGGCGAAGAUCUUAGUUUUACUUGAAGUUGGUCGCAGUGUACUUUAUUAUAGGAAAUUAACGCGAUUUUCACAAAUUCACGUUUAAUUGAAACGUUUAUUUGCGCGCCGUUAAUUAAGUGGAGCGCUAAUUUCCGCGACCUUAAUUUCCAGGGUGGAGAUCGGCCAGUAACAAUGAAACUGUGUAGAACGCUCGAAGUGGCCCGAUUUCUUUGCUUGACCCCCUUCGUACGUGAAGGGAAAGUUUCCAUUUCAUAAAACGUUUAACCAAUUGUUUCUGUUGGCUCCGGCGACAGGUUUUGUUUCUUUGUGAGCAUGGCUAUAAUUUCCGUCAUUUUAAAUUGUUUGUUUUUCCAAUACCUUUAUUUCAUGGAGCGUUAUUCAUUUCCUGUGAUAAGGUAAAUAUUAUUUGCUGCUUCUAGUCGGUACAGUUUGCGACGUGAAGGCUGCAUUACUGAAUCUGUAUCAUAGCUAUUUUUGUAUAUCAUUUAACUCAUUGUUAUUUUAAAUUCAAAGUUGUACAGCACCAAGAAUGUUUAGCACAGGUAUUAAAACUACAAUGUAACAA